GACUUUGAACUUUCUAAUCCGUUCUUAUUAUACAUGGUACAGGUUAUCAUAGUUAACACUGUGCAUUCAGAUUACUUACGUUCAACAAUUGUUGAACUUAGUAUUGUAUUCUAGUUCUCAUUUAAAUACUUAUUUUCUAAGAAAGUACUCCAACCACAAAUAUAAGCUUGUUUAUUGAAUGUUUUUCAAAUUAUUAAUAUAAUUUGUGUUUACAUAUAACUACUAUGAAUAUCAAAAAAGUUUUAUAAAUUUAAAUCAAGUCUUAAAAUAAAUACAUAUCUAAAUUCUUUUUUUCGAAAUAUAAACUAAUUUAACAUAAUUUCAUAAUGCUUUUUUAUCUGCGAUCAAUAACGAGAAUAAGUGGACUAAAUUAUGUCAAACAAAACUAUUCUACUAGUAAUAAAUUAAUUAGUAUCAUAAAAAAUGAUAAUACAGAUACAAGUAUUAUUUCAAUGGAAAGAGCACCAGUGAAUGGUUUGAAUCUUGAAUUAUUACAAGAAUUAAAGAAUUCUCUAAUAACUGCACAAAAAGAUGGAAGCAAAGGUGUUAUUCUGACUUCAUCUCUCCCCACAAUAUUUUCUGGCGGUUUAGAUAUAAUGGAAAUGUAUAAACCUGAUAUGAAACGUGCUAGACAAUUUUGGGAAGAGCUUCAAGAAACCUGGUUGACUCUCUACGGUUUGGGGAUUCCAACUGCGGCAGCAAUUAAUGGAGCUUGUCCAGCUGGUGGUUGUUUAAUGGCAAUGUCUUGUGAAUAUCGGGUGUUUGUAAACGGAAAACAUACAAUGGGUCUAAAUGAAACAAAAUUAGGUAUAGUAGCACCAACAUGGUUCAAAGAUGUAUAUAUUUCUACCAUCGGUUAUCGAAGAGCCGAAUUAGCAUUAUUACAAGGAGCUCUAUUUCUGCCACAGCAAGCUCUUGAGAUUAAUUUAGUCGAUGAGAUUGCGUCUAAUAAAGAAGAUGCUCUUACUAAAUGUCAAAAAUUUAUCGAUUCUUUUUCAAAAAUUCCUGCUAUUGGAAGACGAGCAACUAAAUUAAGUCUUCGAGAUGGAAUAAUGAAUAAACUGAAAAAAAAUCGAGAAUCAGAUGUUAACGUAUUUUUGAAAUAUCUCGAAAAUCCAUUUGUACAAAAAGGAUUAGAUUUAUACAUUCAAUCUCUGAAAAAAAAGAACUGAACAAAAACAUAUUUGUCUAUCGUUAUAUUUAAACAAUUUUAUAUAUUUUUUAUCGAAUAUUGUAAUAAUUAGGACCUUAGUCUUACACAAAGUGUUCAUCAAUGAUAUUUUAUUAUAAAAGUAUUCAAUAAAACAGAAAUAACUUUUUAUAUAUUUUAUCCGUCAAGGACAGCUGCAACAUUCGCUGCUAGUUUAUUGUUUUCGAAUAAACCAUGGUGUAUUUGAUUACGUUGAAACUGUAAAAAA